UUUUCACUUUUUAGGUUGGAGCUCAGGAUGCAGAGACACCUCAUCUGCUGUACGGGCAUCCUAUGGGCUCUUCUGAAUCUCACCGAUAAAGUCACAGCUGAACACAUUUCCCUUCUCUGUGAUGCCACGGGUUUCUGCAAUGGGUCCUCCCUGGCUUUCAGCACCAUUCCACCGGGCCUCACCGUUACAGUGCAACAGCUCGACCUGUCCAAGAACAGCAUCAGACACGUCGGGAAAACAGAUCUACAGAAUUGUGUGAACCUGAAAGCUCUGAUGCUCCAGGCCAACCAGAUUGGCACAAUAGAUGAAGACGCCUUUCUUUCCCUGGGAAUUCUAGAACUUUUGGAUUUAUCCAAGAAUCGCCUGUCUAGUUUGUCUCCCUCCUGGUUCCAAUCUCUUUCUUCCUUGCUAUCCUUAAACUUAUUAGAAAAUCCAUAUCCAGACCUUGGACAAAGUCCCCUUUUUGCUCACCUCAAAAAACUGAGAUCUUUAAAAGUGGGCAAUGGUCAGUACUUCUCUGAGAUUCGGAAACAAGAUUUUGAAGGAAUUUCAGAUCUGGAAGAACUUGAGAUUGAUGGUUCAAACCUUCAGCAGUAUCAACCCCACAGUUUGCAAUCAACUCAGAAUAUAAAUCACCUGCUGUUAAAUGUAACCAAAUCUGAUAUAGUGCUAAAGAUUUUAAGCGAUCUUACAUCUUCUAAACCGAGAAAUAUUUCAAUGUCGAUCCCAGUAGCCAGUCCUCAACUAAAGAGAAUUGAAUUAAGACAUGUCGAGAUGACAGAUGAAAGUGCGAUUACAAUUUUUAAAAUGCUAUCUCUUGCCGUUCGGUUGCUAGAGGUAACUCUAGAAGAUGGUGUGCUUUUUGGAGUUGGAGAUUGGUAUGAUGAUUCAGGCACAUGGAACGAUAAUUAUACAGGUUCCUUAGAAACAGUCAUAAUUAGAAGGUUACAGAUUCCAAAGUUUUUCUUAUUUCGAGACAUGAAACCUGUGUACUCCCUAGUAGGAAGACUCAAGACACUUACAAUUGAAAAUUCAAAGGUUUUCUUGGUUCCUUGUCCCUUUUCACGAAGUUUUGAAUUACUGGAAUAUUUGGAUCUUAGUGGAAAUAUAUUAUUUGAUGAAUUACUGAAGAAUUCUGCCUGUGACGGUGCAUGGCCCUCCCUACAAACCUUAAAUUUAAGUCAGAAUAGUUUGCGAUAUGUGGAUCAAACGGGGGCAAGUUUAAGUACUCUGAAAAAACUGAUCAAUCUUGACAUUAGCCAGAACAAGUUUGAUUCCAUGCCCGAAUCUUGCCAGUGGCCAGAAAAUCUUAAAUAUUUGAAUAUGUCUGGCACCCGAAUUCCCAGAUUGACAGACUGCAUCCCUAGAACGCUUGAAAUUUUAGAUGUCAGUAAUAAUAAUCUCAAAGAUUUUAUAUUGAACCUCCCACGGCUCAAAGAACUGUACCUUUCCAAAAACAAGCUGAAGACCUUACCGGAGGGUAGGCUGUACCCAAACUUAUUGGUCAUGAGGAUCAGCAAGAACGCACUGAAUGUUUUCUCCAGGAAAGAAUUUGAGUCUUUCCAGAAACUGAAGGCUCUAGAAGUUGGUGGCAACAACUUCAUUUGCUCUUGUGUUUUUCUGACUUUCCUUCAGGACCAGCAGGCAAUAGCCAGUGUUCUGACCGAUUGGCCUGAAAACUAUAUAUGUGAUUCACCAUCCCACGUGAGGGGCCAAAGAGUUCAGGAUACUCAUCUUCCACUUUUUGAAUGCCACAGAGCUCUGUUAGUGUCCGUAAUAUGUUGCAUUCUUUUUCUGAUCAUAAUACUCACUGUCGCUCUCUGCCACCAUUUUCAUGGAAUCUGGUAUAUGAAAAUGACUUGGGCCUGGCUCCAGGCCAAAAGGAAGCCCAGAAAAACCCAGAAUAAGGAAAUCUACUUUGAUGCUUUUGUUUCCUACAGUGAAGAAGAUUCCUACUGGGUGGAAAAUCUAAUGGUGCAGGAACUAGAACACUCUAACCCGCCCUUUAGAUUGUGUCUUCAUAAAAGAGACUUUGUGCCUGGCAAAUGGAUCAUUGACAACAUCAUUGACUCCAUUGAAAAGAGUCACAAAACUCUGUUUGUGCUGUCAGAAAACUUCGUUAAGAGUGAGUGGUGCAAGUACGAGCUGGACUUCUCCCACUUCCGACUCUUCGAUGAGAACAAUGAUUCUGCCAUUCUAAUUCUUCUGGAGCCCAUCGAGAAGAAGGCAAUUCCCCAAAGGUUCUGCAAGCUGCGGAAGAUCAUGAACACCAAGACCUACCUCAAAUGGCCGUCAGAUGAGACUGAGAGAGAAACAUUUUGGCUAAACCUAAAAUCAGCAAUAAAGACAGAGCAUUUCAUUGAAGACUCAACUCUGUUGCACUGAAUUUCCAGGCUAGGUGAAGCAUUGCCAAGACCUUUACUUAUUAAGAAAUCAUUAGAUUCUCCCUGGGCCUUAGUUAUUUCUUGGAAGGAAGUUAGGCUCUAAAGUCAGGCUUCUAGGGCCUCGUUUAAUGCAGUCCCUGGGCUCAUGUGGGCUGAAAGAGUAAAUGGAAUUCCCACACAACUAGCUUCCUACUAUGGACUUACUUCAGCCCUGUGAAGUACUUUUACAUUUUUUGCUUUUCCACUCUUGUGGAAUUUGCUCUUCAGUUUUUAAGAAAUUGUGUGAUUGUC